AUGAAGCUUUCUUCUUCAGUACUGCUUACUUGCGGCACGCUCCUCCAAGCACUCUCGACCAAUGCGGACCCUGUACUUGAGGUGACAUCUCUCCAACACCCCGGAGCUUUGCACACCCUCAAAGACAUUGAAAGAGUUCGAUUGCACGUUGAAAAAGGGGAUCAACCAUGGGCAAGAGCCUAUCAGCAUCUGCAAGCUGGUUCUCUGGCUCAGCCUACGCGCAAACCCAAUCCGCAGCAAAUUGUCGUUAGAGGCCAGGGCAACGCUUUGCCGCAGAACUACGCGACAUUGUAUCGCGAUAUUCACUCAGCGUAUCAACUUGCUUUGCGAUACCAGAUCAGCCAGGACGCUACGUACGGCGCUGCCGCCGCUGGAAUCCUGGACGCCUGGGCGGCCACUCUGCAACGCCUUGAUGGCUCCGCCGACAGAUUCCUUGCAGCAGGAAUAUACGGUUACCAGUUCGCGAAUGUCGGAGAACUUCUUGUUGACUUCCCUGGCUGGCCUAAAGCAAACCAGACGGCAUUCGGUCAAAUGCUGAACACCGUCUUCGCCACUGUAAGCCAGGACUUCCUCAUCAAUCAUAAUGGCGCGCCUGCCCACUACUACGCAAACUGGGACUUGUGUAAUAUUGCCGGUCUCAUGGCAAUUGGGAUCUUCACAGACAAUACAACCAUGUUCAACUACGCCAGUGCAUACUUCGCCAACGGACCAGCAGGCGGCGCCGUGUCGUUCGGCGCGCUGCCCUUCUUUUCGAUCGCAAACUUGACGGAGGCCGGCUCGGGCAAAUCUCUUAUGCAAACCCAGGAAACAGGACGUGACCAGGGCCACACACUGCUAGAUUUCGCGCUCCUCGCCGUCAUCGGGCAGCAGGGCCUUAGCCAGGGCAUCGAUCUCUUCGGCCUGUAUGGUAAUCAAAUCCUAGCCGGAUCAGAGUACGCCGCUAAGUACAACGUCGGUGAAGACGUUCCAUAUGUGCCGUACAAGACGUUUCAAGGUACCUUCUCAGUUAUUUCAAAUAAUUCUCGUUCAGGAAAUCGCCCUGGGUUCGAGGGUCUGUACGCGCAUUACGCUACGACCAAGGGUCUAAACGCGAGCUGGACGGGAAUGUACAGGGACCAAGUUAACUUGAUGUUGCCCGAUAAUAUUGAGGGUGGAGGCGGUGAUUACGGGACAAGUUCAGGCGGAUUUGAUUCGUUAGGCCAUGGAACAUUAAUGUAUCGUCUCUAG